UCUCCGCGAAUCUGGGAGUGGUAGCUGGGGGCAAGAGCAAAUAAAGAGCUCGAGCUCUUUAUUUAUCUUUGGGGAGAUGUUCCCGGGAAGCCUGGCUAGAGGGCAGAGGGCAGCUGUUGAGAUGGCGUGGCUCCCCGGCUCCUGCGCUCGCGUGGCUUUCGCGGCGGGCGCUGUGGCCGGGUGUUGGACAGCCUGGCAGGGCAGCGGGGGGCUGAAUCCGGCUGCCGUGGAUGAGGCUCACAGAUCGCCCUUUUGUGGUAGGGCCACAUCUGCCAGAGCCUGGAGUCUGCGAAGGCCGGGACCCGGCUCUGCGGCCCGCCGUGGGAGUGUGCAAACCCGAGAGAGCUGGAUUGCCUACCCACCGCAGAGUGCUGAAGACGGGGUAGCCAUGAGGUUGCAAAUUCGUGAAGAAUCAGCAGCAUGUUUGGCAGCUGAGUAUUGGAGCAAGGAGCCUGCCACGAGGCAGAACCAGGUGGAACUGCAUGAGAAGCGACAGAAGCGCCAGCCCCAGCCAGCGCCCCGUGGAUCCUGGCACCAAUCAGGCCUCAAUGCUUCCUCAACACCAGCUUUCCUUCCCCUCCCGUUGGGACCUGCAUCCCGACCUUCUGCAACAUUGUGCUCCUGACCCUGGCCAGCUCCCAGCCCUCCACAGCUGGGCCCCCACCUCAGAGCCUUCGUAUCAGAUAGCCCCAGAGUCAGAGAGAAGGCCCCCGACAAAGCCGCAGAUGGAGCCCAGCCCCAGGAAACGCCUUUCCGGAGCAAGGCUCCAGCUCACUAUAGGACCACGGUCAAGUCUGUGUCCAGGCCGAGCGAGGGGUGGGCUUGGGAACCAUCCCACUCCUGGCCUAGAUCCUACACCAAAAGGAAAAACUUCCCUCCCGCACCUCUUCAUCCUGCUCUGGUUUCCUGACUGCCAGCGGGGAAGCACUUCUUUUGGAAGCCACUGGAAAUUGAGGGAUGAGACAGAAAAAACCAAAGCAACAGAGAAGCGCUCAAGUGUGGAAAUGUCCCCGCCCAGCCCUCCCCUUCCCACCGGGUCCAGCUGCAUAGCCCCGGGGAAGCCUAGACCUGGAACUGCAGGAACAGGACAGAACCUCCCAUCCAGGAGGGGCUGAGCGGCAGAUGUGGAGCCUGGAGAGCCAUGGAGCUUUCCCUUCCGAGCUCCCAGGGCCAGCAGGAAGAGGACAUGAGUGAAGGGAUGGGUGUGAAAGGACACUCAGCCUCAGAGGUGAAGACAUCGGAGUGGUGGGACUGAGGCAAAGUGGACAGCGCCAUGCAGGGCCCCGGCCAGCUUUCUAUGACACCUUUGUGCAAAUAAGAAAAAGUUCACCUCCAGGGGGACACAGACUUGCACCAGGGCUCAUGGCUUGGUGGGUAGAGAGAGGGCUGGAUUUGAACUUUCCCCUUCCUCCCCGACCCCGCCACCCCUCUGUAUGCGUGCUUUUGUGCAAGGCACAACCUGUACAACUGUGUGUGGUGGCCUUGGCCCCGUAUAACAGGGAUGGCUACUUAGCUCCGGCUCUGCAGAAAUGAGGGCUUUAUGUUGCUGGAGCUUCCAGUUUUUCAAGGGCAGCCGAAUAUAGGGAUCAUGUGAAAAAUUCUGGUUUUUAAAUGUUGGCAGUGAAUUCACCCCCUGGGCCAAACAAAACCAAUCUGUGCUGGUGGCGCCAAGGGAGAGCACCUCAGGCUCUUGGUGCCUGCAGGACGGGCUUGUCCUCCUUGGGCACAGAGUUGCUCUGCCCUGAAAGGCACCCACCGCACACCCCGGGACCUGGCUGGCUCGGACCACAGCCACCCUACCGGCUUGGGACAGUGGAUGUAGCGUGCCAGGCUGAUGAUGAGGUCAUGUGUGAUGGGGUCCACCAGGUUCCGGAAGCUGGCGUAGCGAUACAGAACGUCAUCUAGUGAGGUCGACUCCAUGCCCAGGUCCUGCAAGAGCAAAGGAUGCCCAGAGGUCAGGGCUGGCUGCCCCACCCAGCUCACCCACCAUCCCCAGGAGAAGUAGGCACAGGCCCCUGGAGGCAACCGUGCCUCCCAGAGCCCCAGUGGGGAGCGUCUGCAGAACUUCCCUCAGGGGCUGGGGCAGGCCCCUCCUGUUUGUCUUUACCUCCAAGUUGAGAAGAGUGGGGACUGGCCUCUGCAGGCUCCGCAGUUUGUGUGGGUCCUGGCUUGUGGCCCUCUCCUAGGACAGCCUCUGACCUUUGUCUCUCUGGUUUUCCAGAGGAGGAAGCCAAGGGUGGCCCGCCUCGGUGCAAGCAGCUGCUUCCCCAUCGUGGCAAAAUUUGGAAUUGACAAAACUGCCUUGUGACAGGAUGGUUUAUUGAUAUUUGUUUGUGUUUUC